UGGAACGUAUCUAAUAAGUUUUGUUUACUUUCACAAAUACAUAUUUUGGGAUAUGUAUAAGAAAAAUGAGUACUGACGCACCGAGAAAUCUUUUCUUCUACGAGUUGUGCAGGCUGUGCCUCGAAAACGCCGGCGUUACUGAUGUUUUCGAGUCCGGAGAGUUUCUAAUAGACAUUUUCGAAUGUACAGGAGUAAAACUUGCACAUGCAGAUAACUUACCACACAAAGUGUGUAAAAAGUGUUUGGACAUAGUGACAAGUUCCAAAGAGUUGAGAAUACUUGCCUCGAAGAAUGAUGCACAUCUACGCCUCUUGUUUCCUCCAGACGACGCGGAUUCCGAUGCGGAGACGGUUAUCCUUGAGCCUGGCACUCGCACAGUUUCAGAAAGUAGUAGUAGCAAAAACACACAGUUCCAAAGCUCCAAGGAAAAACUCAGUUUCCUCUUACAAGAAGGUGAAGAAGAUAGCAGUCAGAAUAUGCCCGUUGUUACACAAACCAUAUCUUUUAGAAAAGAUCUCUUUCCAACUUCUACUCAGCCCAGUUCGAGUCCUACUAAAACAAAGGCACCAAUAAAAACAGAACCCGGUGAAAAAACAUUAAAAAUAAAAGUGGAAGAGGAAACUCGAUGUAAACGGAUCAAGAGAGGAGAUAAUGGAGAAGUCACAUUUAAUUGUGAUGAAUGCGACAAAGUUUUUGACAAAGCUAAGAAGCUAUACCUACACCAACGACACCACGACAAGAAAAUAUUCUGCCCGCUAGAUGCUUGCGGCAAAAAGUUCACCACCAAAGGAGACAUGACCAAACAUAUAAGAACUCACACAGGCGAAAAGCCAUAUAAGUGUAAAAUGUGUAGCAAGAGCUUCGCGCAGAGGGUGAGUUUGAGGCAACAUAUCACAAACAUACACUCGCCUAAAGAUAAAUAAUAUUCGGAGACAGGUUUUUGAUGUGAAUGUUGCUUCCGACAGGGUUAAACGUUUAACGCUCCGUGUUACCAAUUCCAACUGACAGCGUUAAACGCUCAGUGUUGCCAACUCGAAUUAUGAAAAAAAUGCUAGACUGAUGCCAGAAAUAUCACAAUUUUUGAAGUGAAAGUUUUGAACUUGUCCGUAUUUCAUGAGAUUAUGUUUGUUGUUGUAUUUAUUGUUAUGUUAGGAAGUUUCACUUCCGCGCGGAGGGUCACAACACAACAGUGGCGGAGCGUCGAUACAACUCGAUUCCCAACGGGUUCCGUAAAAUUCUCUAGUAUGUGUAGAAGUCCAUACAAAACAGAUUCCAAAGACCCCUCCGGCUCGGCUUUAUCAACGAAAAUUUUCACGCCCCGCCACUGCAACACAACACACUUUUUUUUAUAAACAUGUCUUUUGAAAGGAAAGGGUGAAUCAAAAUGUAAAUUAAAUGCUAGUCAACAAAAUUACAAGAUUUUAUCAAGUUUUCUUGGAGAUCCACAAUUUAACUAACUACAUGACUGUUGUAAAACCUAUACUAUGUUGUUUUAGCAUUUAAGAAAACUAUGUAGAAGUAGAAAAGCAUGACUUUUUUAUCAGGUCAUUCGAUUGUUUACUGUGGAGUUAUUUAUAGCAUGCUAAAUACUCAUAAUAGUCAUAAUUCAUUUUAAAAUGUUAUCGCAAAAAGUGUCUGAAGUAUACUCACUUCUACUAAUUUCUAUCUCCUAAAAAUAAUAUAAGUCUGUUAGGGAAUAAUACGUACAAAGAUGAGACGUUUGCUACGAAGGGAGGUACGAUCACAUCGUAUUCUGAUGUGCUAUUUAUUAUAUACUAUUUGUAUUGUUAUUUAUUAAAUUUUUACGAAAACUGAAGAGGCAUGAUAAAUACGAACGUUGGUUCACUAAUGAGGAUUCAUUUUCAUUUAAUUAAGAUACUAUUGUCCCGGAUCUGUAAGAUCACAUUUUUGACAUAUUUGUUUUGAAGUAGGUAUAUGUUUUGCGAUGUGGCUAAGACGUAUCGUUUCGUUUGUCAAAUCUAAUGAUUAAUUUCGAAUUGGUUGAAUCGAUUAGGCCCUAUGUAUUGUACAAGGAGGAGCUUAAACAAAUAUCAACUUACUGAAAUGUCAUUUGAAUCGAAAUGACAGACUGCCACAGCACUAGUUUAAAAAUAAAAAUGAAUGAUAAAUUACAUAAUAAGUAAAUCCUGCGUGAUAAUAUAAUAUC